CAAAAUCACUUCCAACGUGCAUCACCACCAAACCCAUUCAUUUCCAUGUGACAAUGCAAAAAACCAAGCAACCUUCCAUUAUCAACAUUAAAAAACACAACCUCAAAAUCCAAAACAUCUUCAACCUCAACACCACCAUAAUGAAUCCACCACCAACAACAACAACCUUAAUCCUCACCAUUCUGUUAUUCAUCAAUACAACAACAUCAUCAAAGUCAAACCAAUGUGGUCCCACAACAAACCGGGACCCACAAAACAUCCAACAUAACAAAAUCACCGUACUUAUUAACGGUUUCUCCGAAUCACGAAUCUCCAUCCUCCAAUCAAACGCCGCCACGUACGCACUCUCUCCCUUAGUAUCCUCCGUUCUCGUCCUCUGGGGAAACCCUACUACCCCUCCACGUGUCAUUACCGAAUUGGCUCAAAACCUUUCCUCAUUUUCUGAUACAAUUUUUCUUCAUAGAAACCCUUCUAGUAGUUUAAACGAUCGUUUUCUUCCACGUUUGAACGACAUAAAGACUGAUGCAGUUUUGGUUUGUGAUGAUGAUGUUGAAGUUGAUGCUGAAUCGUUUGAGUUUGCGUUUCGGGUUUGGGGAGUGAACCGGGAGAGGAUUGUUGGGUUUUUUGCUAGGUCGCAUGAUGUUGAUUUGAACCGGAAGGAGUGGGUUUAUACGGUUCACCCGGACCGGUUUUCUAUUGUGCUUACUAAGUUUAUGCUGCUCAAAAGUGACUACUUGUUCAGAUAUAGCUGCGAGGGUGGACAUCACAUGGCCGAAAUGAGGAAGAUUGUUGAUUCAGUUCGAAAUUGUGAAGAUAUACUCAUGAACUUUGUAGUGGCUGAUGCAACCAAUGUGGGACCCAUUUUGGUCGGUGCAAAAAGAGUGAGGGACUAUGGUGAUGCAAGGAACGAUGAAGGAAAGGUUAGCUCAGGGUUGAGUGGAAGGAAAGGGGAGCAUAGAAAAAAUAGAGGGUGGUGUAUAACUGAAUUUCAUAGGAUUUUGGGAAGAAUGCCUUUGAGGUAUAGUUAUGGUAAGGUUGUUGAUUCCAUUGGUGAACAAGGAUUGUGUCGCAAAGGUGGUAGAUUGGUGUUUUGUGAUCAAUGAAAGAAACUGCGUGGCUCAAAAAUAAAUAAAAUUUGUUACAAUUUGCGUGUAAUAUUAUUACAUAA